AUGAACUUCAACCCCCGCCACGCAGGAAUGGACAUGGACAUGGGUUCGUCCGCCGAUUCUUCCGGCCACUCCUCGAUGAUGGCCAUGGUCUUCCAGACGCAGACGGCAACGCCGCUCUACUCGGACGCCUGGACACCGCGCGGCGCCGGGGCGUAUGCCGGCACCUGCAUCUUCCUCAUCGUGCUGAGCGUGAUCGCGCGGCUGCUCGUGGCGCUGCGGGCGACGCAGGAGGCGCGUUGGCUGGACCGCGAUACCAACCGGCGGUACGUCGCCGCGCGCGGGCGCGUGCCGCUCGCCGAGGCCGUCGCGCACGACCCGGACGCCAAGACCAUGGUGCUCUCGGCCAACGGCGUCGAGGAGUCGGUGGUGGUGGUGGCUGCGCGCAAGGAGGCGGCGGCGAUGGCGCGGCCCUGGCGCUUCUCGGUCGAUCCGGUCCGCGCGCUGCUCGACACGACCAUUGUCGGCGUGGGUUACCUUUUGAUGUUGGCGGUCAUGACGAUGAAUGUCGGAUACUUCAUGUCGGUCCUCGGCGGUGUCUUCCUGGGCAGCUUGGCGGUCGGUCGCUUCGGAGGUCAUAUGGACCACUGA